AUGGCAGUGCUGGAUGUGCUGUUUUCUCCCCACUUUGGAACCCCACCAAAGGGCUGGACAGGCCGUCGCCUCCCAAAGUCAUCAAGCUCCACGUAUUGUGAACUACAUGGACUUCUAGAUGCAGUUAUUUUAAUCACACGUACCAGAAACAACGGCUUGAUCAUCUGCGACUCGCAACCAGCACUCCAAGCCCUUUCAUCACAUAAGCUAGCAUACCAACCCCUGGUUACACAAAUACAUAGGCAACUAGGCAUGGCCAACAUGAGCUCACUGGUAGUGCACUUCCUAUGGAUUCCCUCUCACGUGGGUCUUCUGGCUAACAACACCGUUGACCAUCUCGCAAAGGCUGCCUGUCAGCUGGAUCCUCCAGAUGCUGAUGCUCCCAGUCCAUCUCUCCUGUGCUGCAGAAAAAUGGUGCGCCAAGCUGCUCGCUCACCUACUCAUGGUUCGUCAAAAUAA